CACUAAAUUGCCGAAUAUUUUUGUAUUUGGUGUACGAUAAUAAUAUAUUAAUUAUUAUUAAUUUGGUUCUUACAAGUUACAAAAAUACCUACGUUUAUUUAUUAUUUUAUUGUCACGUUUCUACCUCCUACCCAGACACCCACUUCCACCAUUUACCACCGUUUGUGCAUUAAUCUUGGUUUACUGGCGAACUGUUGGUGUCAAUAGUUUCUAUUGGGAAUUGGGAUAUAUUUUUAUACGAUUUGGAUUUAUAAAUGUUUCAUGUAACAUAGUGAAGUUUUUAUUACGUAUAAUGUUACUGUUAUAAUCAGAGCUAUUUUACAAUGCCRACCGCCGACGACGUUUAUCAAUGAUUUGAAUUAACAGCAGUUGUCGGUUUGUAGUAUUUCUAUGGGCAAACGUCACUACUUAUCGUUCCUGUCGAUGUCCUGAUCAAACGCUGUCGUCUGCGAUUUGCUUAUCCUCCAAAACCUUCAAUACUACUGUGUCGAUACCCAAAUUCGAUUUGGGUUCAGUAAUUGGCAGUAUACACACUGCACUGAUUUAAGAUCUGAUUCCAUCUUCGUUGAGUUCAAUCCGUCCAACUAUAGCUGAAGUUGUMACAAUGUGUGACACAGAAUUUACACUAGCCAAAUGUGUUGCAUAUCCAAGCUUUGAAGAUUAUGGCUGGCACACUAUGUAUAGAAGGCAUAUGUCAAAUGUUAUUAAAGUACUCAACAUUYACAGUGAUAUAAGCCGUUUGUAUUUGCUCAUCAAACUUAAUGAAUCAGUGAAUAACUUCGAUAAAUUUCUUCAUAAACUACGAUUUGAAAACAAAUUAAUCAUAUCUCCUGACUCAGUACAAUUGACUAAAAAUUUAAAAGAUAUUAUACCAGAUGCCGACCCCAUUUACUUGGAUAUAGUUGGAGAAUUUUAUACCAAUGAUGACAAUAAACUGUAUGAAUUCAUUGRGCAAAUUACUACCAACAAAAUAAACUAUCCUAGACUAAAAGAGUACAAUGAACUUGUUAAUCAUUUGACUUUUAUAAAGAAAUUAAGAGAAGGUUUCUCAGUUCAAGAGUUUUUAAAGAUGUGUCCUGAUCCAGUUAAUUACUUCAAAAAUAAAAUUAAUUCAGCUUCCGAAAAUUAUAGUGAAUCAAUAUCUUAUUUGAGCAACAGGUUUAAUCUUCUGCCAUUGCCAAAGAUACGUGUUGAGUUUUUGAAACAGAAAUUCAAUUUAUCAAAUACUGUUGAAGCUUUAAAUGCUGAUCCUAGACCAGUUUAUUUAAAGAAUAAAAGAAAAUCAUCUCUUUAUAGUGAAAUAUCAAAUCACAAUGAAUCAGAAAAUGUUGAAUUUUUAAAAGAAAUAGCAUACCUUGAKCAUAAAGAUGAAAUUAUUAAUCAUAUAGAGUCUGUAAAAACUGUACAUAGAAUUCAAGUUGAACAGGCUAAGUCUAUUGGCAGCUUAAACACUUGCGGAUGCUGUUUUGAUAAUGAACUAUUAAGCAGUGAAGUUUUUUCUUGUCCAGCUGGACAUAUGUUUUGUUCAGCAUGUAUAAAAAAAGGUACAGAGGUUGCAGUUGGUGGAAGUAAGGUAGAAAUUAAAUGCUUUGCAGAGUGUGGUGAAGAAUUUAAUUUAACAUUGAUAAAAAGUAUUGUAGAUGACAAACUAUACCAACGUAUAAUGAGGUUGAAGCAAGCACAAGAAAUUAAAUCAGCCGAUAUUGAAGGACUCGAAACAUGCGCAUUUUGUGAUUACUCUGUUAUUUUGUCUCCUGAUCUCAAAAUUAUUAACUGUUUAAAUCCUGAGUGCAAAAAAGAAACUUGCAGGCAAUGUCGGGAAGAAAGUCAUUUCCCAUACAGAUGUGAUCAAAUAGAAAAAGCUCCAGAAGUAAAAGUCAGAACCAUGAUUGAAAACAAAAUGACUGAAGUACUCAUAAGAAUUUGUUAUAAUUGUAAACGUAAGUUUGUCAAGGAAGACGGAUGCAACAAAAUGACUUGCAGUUGUGGUAAACAAAUGUGUUACAUAUGUAGGCAGCCAGUCGAUUCAAAUUAUGCCCAUUUUUAUCACCAACAAGUGAUGGAAAACAAAUGCCCGUUAUACACAGAUGAAAAUGUUGUACAUGCUACUGCUGUAGAAGCUGCUGCUAGAUUAAUAAUCAAUGAACUGAAAAUAAAAAAACCGGAUUUGUUAAGAACUAUUGAUUUAAAUAAGAUUUURCCAGCCUUAAAAAAAUCAAAUAACUCGUCUAACACUCAGGAAUCUGCUUUAGAUAUAAAUAAAGUAGUCGCUACAGUAAUUGGUCAAAAUGUAGAAGAUAUUAAUAAUCUCAAAGAUAUGAGAUCAUUGGAACCUAAAGUCAAAAAACCAAGAUAUUAAAUCACAUUGUAUCAAUAGAUUUGUAAAUUUAAAAUGUUUAUAGAUGUUAAUAAUUAUUAAGUGUGAUUAUUUUGAGAUCAGAGUUCUUAAUUUUUAUUUUCAUACUUCCAAGUUAACUGUGUUAUUUAUUUUUA